AUGAAACACUGGCUGAGAAACAUCCUGAUUCUGACUCUCUGGCUAGAGUGUAAAGGAGAAGACAGAGUGAUCCAGCCACCAGGAGAUGUCAUUGCUACUGAAGGACAGACAGUUACACUUAAUUGUACAUUUCAGACCAGUGGAAGUCCCACUUUGUUGUGGUACAAACAAGAAGUUAAUGAUUUCCCAAAGUUGUUAUUGCAACGUUUCAAGUCUGGAAUAGAAGCUAAUCCUGCAGAGGAAGAGAGGAUUGAUGCUACAGUCAACGGGACGUCAGUUCCUCUGAAGAUCCAGAAGCUGCAGCUGUCUGACUCUGCUGUGUACUACUGUACAAUCAUAAAUGGCCAGACCAGUGAACAGGUUCAGUACAAAUAUCUGGUCACCAAAAUCGAUAACAAACUGAAAUUCAUCAACACAGAGGCAAUCUGCAAAAACUCCCAUCACAGUUGUUCUUCCUUCAGAAGCUCAACAGGUGACAGGAACAGGUUGCAUCAUAUCAUCAACGUGGCCGAUUCCUCCUUCAGUCUGACCUUCUUGGAUGAUGAUGACUGCAGCAUCACUGUCAUUUCUAAAGCUUCCAUCAGCCUGAAUGGAAACAGACCACAUCAAAUCAUGUUACUUCAUUUCAUUUGGAUGAUGAUGCUCACUUUUCAUACUGGAUCCUCUGAGGAUUUACUGAAACCACUUCAAGAUGUAAUGCUGGCUUUGGAAGGAGACAAUCUGACUCUCUCCUGCAAAUAUUCUGGAUCUGUACAAAACCUCUACUGGUAUCAACAGAAGUCCAGUUCGGCUCCACAUCUGCUCAUCAUGGAGUAUCAAGAGACAGUAGAAGGGUUUUCUUUGAAACAUGACAAAGAAGCAAAAAUAUUUCACCUGCAGAUCUCCUCUGCUGCAGUGUCAGACUCUGCUGUGUACUACUGUGCU